GGGGAGCGGAGCUGUAGCGGCGGAGGGGACAGGGGCACGAGCCGCUCCGCGGGAUCCUAAGGGCUGGCGGCCUCGGGGACAGCGGCCGCGGGGCUCAAUUGAACUUGAGGAUACGACGGCGGCUUCGGGCGCCUCGGGCCGGGCGAUGGAGGAGAAAGAAGGAUCAACACCAGAAUUACGUGAGAGAAAAAAGUCAAGCAGUCUUGAAAAUGAGCGAACAGCUCUACAAACUCUGCCAGAGAAAACCAGAGAUAUUCCACCUAUGAGGAGGUCUCCCAAAUAUGUAUUAUUUCAGCGUUUUGCAAAGCUUUUCUUGGGCUGUCUUGCAGCGGUUACUAGUGGUAUGACGUAUGCACUAUAUUUGUCAACAUACCAUGAACGGAGAUUCUGGUUUUCCAGCAGACAGGAGCUUGAACGGGAAAUCACAUUUCAGGGUGACAGUGCCAUUUAUUACUCCUUUUAUAAAGAAAUGUUAAAGGCUCCUUCCUUUGAAAGAGGUGUUUAUGAUCUUACACACAACAACAAAACUGUAUCACUGAAGACUAUAAAUGCAGUGCAGCAAAUGACUUUGUAUCCAGAACUGAUUGCCAGCGUACUGUAUCAAGCAACUGGUAGUGAAGAGGUUAUCGAGCCAGUAUAUUUCUACAUUGGUAUAGUUUUUGGAUUGCAGGGAAUUUAUGUGACUGCAUUGUUUGUUACAAGCUGGGUUAUGAGUGGAACUUGGCUAGCAGGAAUGCUUACUGUUGCAUGGUUCAUUAUUAAUAGGAUAGAUACAACAAGAAUUGAGUAUUCUAUUCCUUUAAGAGAAAACUGGGCACUACCAUAUUUUGCAUGUCAAGUUGCUGCUCUUACAGGCUAUUUGAAAAACAACAUAAAUACUUCUGUAGAGAGAUUUUGCUAUUUGUUGGUGAGUGCGUCAACAUAUACUUUCAUGAUGAUGUGGGAAUACAGCCACUAUCUUCUGUUUCUUCAAGCAAUCUCCUUAUUCCUCCUAGACUCCUUUUCCCUCAUGCAAACAGACAAGGUUCAUGAAGUGUACAAAAUCUAUUUGUUGUCCCUCUUCCUGGGAUAUUUACUACAGUUUGAAAAUCCAGCUUUAUUGGUAUCUCCUUUAUUAAGCUUAGUAGCUUCCUUAAUGCUUGCUAAAUGCCUACAGCUGAAUGUGAAAAAAGGAACUCGUAUAGCCAGAAUGAUGAAAGUGAUGUAUUUUUAUUUGAUAUUUACCCUAACAGUGAUGCUGAAUAUCGUAAUGAAGACAUUUGUCCCACACAAAGAAAAUGGGCACAUGUUAAAGUUCCUUGAGGCAAAAUUUGGACUAAAUAUGACUAAGAAUUUUACAAUGAAUUGGCUCCUUUGUCAAGAAUCCCUACAGGCUCCAUCUCAGGAUUUUUUUUUGCGAUUGACACAGUCAUCUUUAUUGCCUUUUUAUAUCUUAGUUUUAAUUAUUUGCCUUUUUUCUGUGAUACAGGCUAUUUUUAGGAGAAUCAAUGGCAAACCCCUAAAAGAAAUAGUUACCCUUGAAGAUGGUCAAAUUGGAGAAAGACCAGAAAUAGUUUAUCAUGUAAUUCACACUAUUUUACUGGGUUCUCUUGCAAUGGUGUUAGAAGGCAUGAAAUAUCUUUGGACUCCUUAUGUGUGCAUGCUUGCAGCGUUUGGUGUAUGUUCUCCUGAACUUUGGAUGACCCUUUUCAAGUGGCUUCGAUUGAGGGCUGUACACCCAAUAUUUUUGGCUCUUAUUCUGAGCAUGGCUGUACCUACUAUUAUAGGCUUUAGCUUAUGGAAAGAGUUUUUUCCAAGAAUAAUGACAGAACUUUCAGAACUACAGGAAUUCUAUGAUCCAGAUACAGUGGAACUUAUGACCUGGAUAAAAAGGCAGGCUCCAGUUGCAGCUGUGUUUGCAGGGAGUCCACAAUUGAUGGGUGUGAUUAAGUUAUGCACUGGAUGGAUGGUGACCAAUUUGCCUCUUUACAAUGAUGAAGACCUUCUGAAGAGAAAUGAAAAUAUCUAUCAAAUCUACUCAAAGAGGUCUGCUGAAGAUAUUUAUAAGAUACUUACAUCCUACAAAGCUAACUACUUGAUUGUGGAAGAUGCCAUCUGCAAUGAGGUGGGAACCAUGAGAGGGUGUAGAGUUAAAGACUUAUUGGAUAUUGCAAAUGGCCAUGUGGUUUGUGAAGAAGGUGACAAUUUUACCUACUCAAAAUAUGGACGAUUUUGCCAUGAGAUCAAAAUUAACUAUUCUCCAUAUGUGAAUUAUUUCACUAGAGUAUACUGGAACAGAUCCUACUUUGUAUAUAAAAUCAACACUGUGAUAUCUUUCCAGUCCUGAAAAAUAGCGAAGCCUUCUUUUCAAAGACCGACAUGACAUGAAGAGAAAUGGGAUGCUAUUUUCCUACUUAUGUAUUCUUUUGCAAAUCAAAGUUUGUACAUUUGAAAUGUUUUUUUUCUUUUCCCCUUGCUUUGUUACCAGAUCCAGACUUUAUAGGCAAUAUAACAUCAGAACUUAUGGUGUUGAUAAUGUAUCAAAUAUUGCACUUUUUCAUUUACCAGCAACAUAUCUUUCUUUUGCAUUGGUCUUUCCAUAUUUUACCUCCUAAAAUAUUAUCACAUCUUCUCUGUGGAUGUUUAUCUAAAUAAAGUAUAUUAGAACCCCAUUA